AACUCGGCUUAAAGCGCUGGAAUCCCCAUCUCGCAAUAAACAUCACCAUAUCCCAAACUAGGAGGGACUACCUACCUGUAGGUACCUGAUAUAAUAUAUACCUACCCAGGUACCUUAUAUAUACCAGACACCUCAUAUAACUGCACCACCAUGGCAGACAACACCACCACCACCCCACAAUCACCGCCAACACCAACACCUACACCUACACCCAUAGUCACAACAGACAAAUGCAUAAUACGCGCAUACGUCCCCAGCGACGCCGAGGCCAUGGCCGCCGCCGCCAACUACCCGGAGAUCGCGCAGUACAUGCGCAACACCUUCCCGCACCCGUACACGCUCGAGAGCGCGCGGUACUGGAUCGAGCAGUCGACGCGCGCCUCGCCGACGGUCAACUUCGGCAUCUUCACGCCCGGGGCGGCAGCGGCGGAAGAGGAGGAGCAGGGCGGCGGUGGUGGUACCUUCGCGGGCGCCAUCGGGCUGAUCCCGCGCGCGGACAUCGAGUACCGCACCUGGGAGGUCGGGUACUGGGUGGCCAUGGACCACUGGGGGAAGGGCAUCGCGACGAGCGCCCUCAAGGCCUUCUCCGCCUGGGCCUUCGAGCAGUUCCCCGAGCUCCUGAGGAUCGAGGCCGGCGUCUUCAGCGAGAACGUCGCUAGCCUGAGGGUUUUGGAGCGCGCGGGUUUCACGAGGGAAGGGCUCAGGAGGCAGGCUAUUUGCAAGAAGGGGAAGAUUAUAGACCAGGUCACGUUUAGCUUGCUUAGAGACGACCUGAGAGAUUUGCAUUGAGUCUACCUAAAUGCGAUAUCUUAGUAUGGACUAAGAGGGGGGUAUGACCUAUCUUAGGAAAAUGCUAGGCAGGUAAAUAGGUAGACAGC